UUUAAAGCAUCCGCGGAGCUCCGGUGCGUCUCUAUGCGCAGCCUCUGAUAUUUCGGCAUGGACCUGGAGUUCGGGAGCAGGCAGACAUGUGGAUCUGCUUCUGAACCUUAGAGAGAUGUGCUUAGAGUCGGCCGAUACUGGCCGCCAUGCGGAGGCUACUGACAGGGCAACGAAAUCCAGAUAAAUUAGAUUACUGGAUUGACCGCAACAGAUUAUAGUUCUCCUACUUCCCCGAUGCCUCACGAGAAAACAAUCUGAAAAUUUAGCCGAAAUUUGAGGGAAUAUAGGCAAAGACUGGCAGCCAUGCUGACCAGCUUUCUGGAAGGUCUGUUCUGCUGCUUCACCUCAAAGUCGACCAAUAUUGUGGUUCCUGUAGAAACUUCAGAGCCUGCUGAUGGCUACGAGUUUGUGGAGGUAAAACCAGGCCGCAUCCUGCGGGUUCGACAUAUCAUCCCUGACCGGCCGGUGGUGGAGGAACCCACUGGGCUUGGUGGGAGUGUGAGCUGCAAACGAAAGAUCACAGUUUACCGUAAUGGACAGCUGUUCAUUGAGAACUUGGGUGACAGGGCGAGCGCAGAGCUGAAAAGCUGCCAGAAUGGAGAGACAGAACCCAACAGCACUGUGGAGGUAGAACUGACAGACUGUGGUAAGUCGUCACCGCCUGUCAGCAUUCCUGAGGUGAGAUCAGACUCUGUCGCGGCUGGAAACAACGGGGCACCUGAGACAGCGGCAGCAGCGGGAGAGGCACCUGCCCCUGAACAGAAUGACCAAUCACAGCAACCCAGGAAGCGCAGGCGGAAGCCCAAGCGCACCGUGGUGAUUGACUGUGAAAGAAAGAUAUCAGCCUGUAAAGGGACACAUCCAGAUGUUGCAUUGUUCUUCAUUCAUGGAGUGGGAGGUUCGCUGGAUAUCUGGGGAAGCCAGCUGGACUUCUUUUCCCGGCUGGGGUACGAAGUGAUCGCCCCGGACCUGGCAGGACACGGAGCCAGCUCAGCACCACAGAUACCUGCAGCAUACACUUUCUAUGCACUGGCUGAGGAUAUGAGAAUAAUCUUCAAGAGAUAUGCACGGAAGAGGAAUAUUCUCAUAGGACACUCUUAUGGUGUGUCGUUCUGUACGUUCCUGGCUCAUGAGUAUCCAGAACAGAUUCACAAGAUGGUGAUGAUCAAUGGUGGUGGUCCCACCGCUCUGGAGCCCAGCCUCUGCUCCAUCUUCAACCUACCGACCUGUGUGCUUCACUGCCUCUCCCCGCUGCUAGCCUGGUGCUUUCUCAAAGCUGGCUUUGCUCGGCAGGGUGCCAGGGAGAAGCAGCUGCUGAGAGAGAACAAUGCAUUCAAUGUGUCGUCAUUUGUGCUGCGUGCCAUGAUGAGCGGGCAGUACUGGCCCGAGGGGGACGAAGUUUACCACGCUGAGCUCACAGUGCCCAUCCUGCUGGUUCAUGGCAUGCAUGACAAGUUUGUCCCUGUUGAAGAGGACCAACGGAUGGCAGAAAUACUUCUAAUGGCUUUCCUGAAGGUCUUGGAGGACGGCAGUCACAUGGUCAUGAUGGAGUGUCCGGAUGCUGUCAACACACUCCUGCAUGAGUUCUUGCUCUGGGAACCACCGACUCUUCCAGCACCAAAGUCCAAAACCCGUCCAGAGACUGCUAAAGCUCGAACUGAUAACGCUAAGGCUGUAUCGGAGCCCGCCAAGGCCCGGCCUGCAACUGCUAAACAAACCUAAUGAAACGGCAGCAGAUUCAGAUUGAAGCUGAAACACCGGCUGCUACAGCGAAUCAGGACUGGCCGUGCACUCUGUGCAUCCCGAGCAACUGAGCUGGCACGAGCUGUUGAACCCGACGAUGAGCCAGUUUAUUCGAACUGGUCCCGCUGAAGGUUGGACACUGUUGAUUCCAGCUCCUGUAGGUCAGCCGUAAAGAAACUCCCAGAUUUAGCAUACAGCAGGGAAGAGAUGGUUGUGCCUUCAACGUUGUGCUCUGAUCAUGGUAACUAGGAGCAUAAAUGGAAACAGUCAUGAGGGCAAUGGUGAAAAUCGUUGCCAAGAGGGAAAGGUGAUAAGCAUGCACAAAUCAAACAUGUCGGUCUGAAUUAGCGCUCCCUGGAGGGUGAAGAAGCAAAACAAAACGUGGUUGGUGUGAAACGUGCUGCUGGUUGAGUGCAUUAUGUAAAAUUGACAGCUCAGGCUCAACCUUACGAAAGUUAGCUGGAUAGUUUAUUAAUGUUUUGUAUACGUGGCUGGAUUUUUUUUAUUUUUUUUGAACUCCUCAGAAGCUCACCUGUUGUAAAGGUAAGCAUUUUAAAAUAAUACACAAUGCAAUUGCAUACACAAAAUAGCAUUUGAAGCAAUUGGGAAGAUGUUUGCUGAUCCUUCUUUUUUUUUUUUUUUUGUUCAUCACCUCUUAAAAGUGAAACAGAAUAUUAUUUUUGUACUGUGCACUACAGCGUGAAGUUUCAUCCCGUGCUCACUGGAGCUAUGAAAGCAGCUGCUUCUGAUAUUGAAUAGAAAUACAUGAUUGGGUGUUUAAUGGAUGGUUGCAUUGUGACUUGUCAAGCUGAAAUAAUGAAAAGGGACCUGCCGAUAUGGACAGAAGUUAGAGUAAAGUUACUACUUCCUCGACAUCAGGAAAAUGAUGUUCAGUCAAGCGUGCACCGCUAAAUCUAGCAAUAAUCGAAGCUCAUGACUGAACAGCACAAAUGACAUGUAUGUAGUGAGGUAUUAAAACAACAGGAAACAGUGUAACGGUGUGUCAGGGAAAUACAAAAAUAAACACUACUAUGACUGUGUCCAAGCUGAUACUACACUACAAAGUAUUUGAACACAUUCAUUGAUGUGCCAGUACUGCAGCACUACAAAAGUGACUGAAAUUUUGUUUAUUGUGUCCUCACAGUGUAGACAAUCAACACUAGGAAGCUAUUAAAUGCUCUGUGACUGUAUUUUUAUUGAUUGGUUUAGUUUGUGUAUCGUUACAUUCUUGCUGUUAGUGCUGGCGUAGGACACACAUUUGCUGUGUUCACAAAACCUAUUCAGAGCCUCUAACACAAAUCAAUCAAUGUUCAGUUUGUACAGUACAACAUGUGGCACAGACUUCAUUGUUUUCUCUCAAUUCAGAUGUAUUUGUUUGUUUUUUUAAUGCAUCGGAUAAACUUUUUAUACAUUUUACUUCAGGUUGGAAUGAAUAUUUUUGAGAUUUAUAGCAGAAAAUUUUGCUUUUGAUUGUCCUGAAUGGAAGGAAACAUUUUGUAUCUUGUGUGUCUUAAAUUUUGUAACAGUUGGCCUUUGACAAAG